CUUUUUUUUUUUUUAAACAGUUAGUCGAUAGUUAAAGAAAAUGUGUUGACGUGUCACGUGCGCCCUGCAGUGCACUAAAUAUCACGGUGGUGCCAGACCGAGAACGCAAACUUCAGCACUUCGCUUAGCCCCGCCCCCCUCCUCUCACGAGGCAAAUGGUUUAGCCCAUGGACUCGCUCCUGCGCUCGUGGGACUACAAGAUACUGAUUCUUUUUUGUUUGUUUCUGUGUCUAUGUCAGUUUUCCGUAGUUGACUCCUUCACUUGUUAUAAACACAAGCCUUGUGCACACUCUCGGGACGGGGCGGGCCUCCCCGCAGCGGACAGGGUGUCUCUCCGGUUCGUUUGGAUGAGACCAGAGAAAGAGCCGCACCGACAGUGCCCUGGAAUAAAGAAGGCAUUCCUAUCUAUCCCUCUGUCCACCCCCUCUCUCCCUUUUCUCCUCUUGGGUCUGUAAAUAAGCUGGGGCUGUGUAGACCCUUGAGAAUCCCUCCCCCACCCACUGCUUUCCCCCCUUCAAACUCCCAUGCCUGCUCAGGCUCUGCUGCUGCUCUCUAUGUUGCUGAAGGGCACCAGGGAGAUGCUCGGAUAAUCCACUGGGCCAUCCUGAACCACAUCGUCCAUAUACAGCCGGGAAGGCUAACUAGUGCAAGUGUGAGAGAGCCCUUGGAGGGUGCAGUGAGUACCCCUGUGAAUACGGCCCACCAAGCCUAGCAGAAAGCUCGGCUUGCCCCCUCACUCCUCCAGCACCCGAGAUGCCCUCUCCUCCCAACGAUGGAGAGGAUCAAGGAGCGUCCCCCAUGAACAGGCCAUCUGUGGGCUUGUACCAGAGCAGCGGGAAGAGGAAGGUGCACACGAAGAAGAAAAAAGGCACCAUCAGCACCAAUGUCGCUGGCACCAAAUAUGAGAUCGUUCGUAUAGUCAUCAAUGAGAUGGACUUCAUCAAGUCCCGGGACGAUGACGAGACUGCCAACCUAAUCUGGAAUGACUCGGCUGUGCAGCACGAGAAAAUCGCUGAGCUCAGGAAUUAUCAGAGAAUUAACCAUUUCCCUGGCAUGGGCGAAAUCUGCCGGAAAGACUGCCUUGCGAGAAACAUGUCCAAAAUGAUCAAAUGCCAGCCUCAAGAGUACAGCUUCAUACCCAAAACCUGGAUCUUCCCAGCCGAGUACACUCAGUUCCAGAACUACGUCAAGGAGCUACGCAGGAAACGCAAACAGAAGACCUUUAUCGUCAAACCUGCCAAUGGAGCCAUGGGUCACGGGAUCUCGCUUAUCCGUAACUGUGAGAAGUUGCCAGCCCAGGAGCACUUUAUUGUUCAGGAGUACCUGGACAAGCCCUUCCUGAUGGAGGGCUACAAGUUUGACCUUCGCAUCUACAUCCUUGUCACUUCCUGCGACCCACUUCGCAUUUUCCUCUACAAUGACGGCCUGGUUCGCAUGGGCACAGAGAAGUACCAUGCACCCAGUGAAGCCAACCUGAGCCAGCUCUAUAUGCAUCUGACCAACUACUCAGUCAACAAACACAAUGAGAACUUCGAGCGGGAUGAGACGGUGGACAAAGGCAGCAAAAGGUCCAUCAGUUGGUUCACCGAGUUCCUCCGCACCAACGACUAUGAUGUGGCCAAGUUCUGGGGAGACGUCUCUGAGCUGGUGGUUAAGACAUUAAUAGUGGCUGAGCCCCACGUGCUGCACGCCUACCGCAUGUGUCGCCCUGGCCAGCCACCAGGGAGCGACAGCGUCUGCUUUGAGGUCCUGGGCUUCGACAUCAUUUUGGACCGAAAACUCAAACCCUGGCUACUGGAGAUCAAUCGAGCUCCGAGCUUUGGGACCGAUCAGAAGAUUGAUUAUGACGUGAAGAAAGGGGUGCUGCUCAAUGCUCUCAAGCUCCUCAACAUUAGGGCCAGCGAUAAGAAACGUAACCUGGCCCAGCAGAAGGCCGAGGCUCAGAGGCGGCUCUACGGACACAGCUCCAUGAAGAAACUCUCGGCUACUUCCUCAGACUGGGAGAAACAACGUCACACACUGGAGAGAAGGAGAGAAGAGCUGAAAGAGCGACUGGCACAGGUCCGCAAGCAGAUCUCCAGGGAGGAGCAUGAAAAGCAACAUCUGGGGAACUACAGACGUAUUUACCCCCCAGACGACAAGCUGCUGUUGGAGAAGUAUGAAAGCCUGCUCUCGGCCGCCUUUCAGACCUUCCUCGCUGGGCGAGCUGCCUCACUUCAAAAGGAAAUGAAUAAUCCUCUGAAACGAAUGAAGACGAAACAAAGACUUCCAGAUAAGGAGGAGGACAUCUUGGAUCUGCUGGAACAAUGUGAACUGGACGACGAGAAGCUGAUGGGCAAAUCCUCCAGGCAGCGAGGCCCUAAGCCUCUGACCGCUAUGCCAGAAUGCAGCCAGACACCGAGACGUCAACGCCCAGACUACCUGGCUGACUUCACCAGUGGCAGCAGCGCUGAAAACUCCUGCACCUCCUCGGACGAAGAGGAGGAGGAGGAGAGGAGGAAAGCGGGAGGAGGAGGAGGCCGAGGUGGAGAGAAGAAGGAGAAGAAAGUUUCCUACGACCUCGGGGAGAGCAAGGAGAAGAACUUGGCUGAGCGCUCAGGUCGUAUGCACUGGAAACCCCCCGUCAAGCCACUCAAAACCAGCCCCGCCCCCUCUGCUUCGCCGACACUUUCUGGUCCAAUCAGACGCUCCAUCUCCUGUCCCCGCUCUAUCGCCUCCCUAUCGUCACCCAGUGAGGUGCGAGCGUUGUCCACCAGGCCUUCCCCCAUGGUUCCAAUGGCCACGCCCCUCGUCAGACCGAGCUCCGCCACACUGCGCUCUCACUCGCUGAGCCGCAGUGGCUCCGCCCACCGCGUGCCUCACAGCAACAGCCUGGGGACUAUCCACUCCAACAUAGGCGAUCCGCUCAUAAACCUGAGGAGUAAAGAGCAGGAGGCGGAGCUGCUGCGGCAGACUCUGGCCGCGCUCACUGCCAUGAGGAUCAGGUUCCCUGGGAAAACCGAGGAAGAGGCCGAGGCUGUGCUCGAUGAGAUCCUCGACAACUGGAAAUACCAUAAGCCAAAGGUGGCUUCCUAUUGGCUAGUUAAGCUGGACUCAACCAAACAACGGAAGGUGUUGGACAUUGUUCGUACCAAUGUGCGUUCGGCGCUGCAGCGAAUCUGGAGGGAGCCCGAUGUAGAGAGCCUCCACCUCUACCGGCUCUUUAACCGCGUCUUCAACCGGCUGCUCUGGAGUCACGGGCAGGGCCUGUGGAACUGCUUCUCCAACACUGGUUCAUCGUGGGAGAGCAUCUUCAGUAAGAGCAGCGAGGUGGUGUCGCCGCAGGAGCUGCAGUGCUGCCGCCGGCUGGUCCAGCUGUGCCGAGACUGCCUUCUGGUGGUCUACAAGUUUGUCUCCGAGUCCCGCGGCUCUUUGACCGGACUCAGCCCCGAAUGGGAUGACACCAGGUAUCUGCUGCCAGUGACCUCCCAGUUCAUCAUGAAGUGGCCGUCGUCCAGCUUUGGCCGCCUCUCCUCGGCCAUGCCGCACUCUCACAGCCUUUUCGCCGCCAGGAUGGGCCACUUCUGAGGUCACCGUGGCAACCCUGGCUUCUGACACCCUCGCCUUUUUGACCUCGACCUCCCUUCCCCUGACUCCCACCCAGCCAAACUCAGAUCUCAGCAGUCCUGGUAUGGAGCUGGAUUUCGGGCAGCUCUGGACACCGGGUGGAGCCUCACCCCUCGGCCAAAUCCCCUUGUGGAAGAUCAACAAAGAGCGGCCAAAUGAUUUGGGAUUGCUAAAGGGCCUUGUUCACUUUAGUUUAGCCCGGCCCCGCUCAGACCAGCAGACCACCGGUACCCUCCAACCCUCCAAACCUCCUUUUAGCCCCAGUUUAACACCAGACAUUGGGUGUGUCCCUCUUUUCUCAUUGUAAUUGCUGUAUUAUACCUACUCACUGUACAGUUAGUUACAGGUCAUGGUACUGUAAAAUGAACGAAUAACAACACUAAACAAUGCAAGGAUUAUUUAUUUAUGUACUUAUUUAUUUUGUAAGAUAUUCCAUGAAUGCAGUGAAUGUUAAUGCGGAUAUGGAAUGAGAUCAACAAAGCUAUCACUCAUUUGAGAAAGUGGAUUGAGAAAAAAAGCCAAGAAAAAAAAAGAAGCUUAUUUUUGCUGGCUAAAAUCACUCGUUUUAUUUCUGUGUUAAGAAUUUUAUUUAUUUAUUAACUUAUACCAGAGGCUUUAUGUUUAUAAAUGUUUUAACAGUCACUUAAUUUAAUUUUUAUUUUUCUUGCAGUUCAGAGUAACGAAUAGAGAGGUGGAGCCAGAUGAUUCAAAAUGUUGUAACUUUUGAAUGAUGAUGCUUCAUGUUUUACCUGUGUGAUAGUUAGUGCAGCACUUUUGUUGAGCAACACAAUGUCUAGAAUGUCAAUGUAGUAAAGCCAAGCCUCUUUGCCUCAUAGAGAACGAGCCGACUUUGAGGCCACAGCAUCAGGAGCCAGACUGAGGUCUCGGACAGCGUCCAGCUCCUCGUAUGGUUUAUGCACUUUGCAGUUUGUCACAGGAAGAGAGAGUGGGUGUAUAUUAUGGUAGUGUUUGCAUGCAAUAUAUUUUAGUCCCUCGCCCAGGUGUAGUGGUGAAACAGGGGAGCUGCGUUUUUUCGGAACAUACUUGAAGUUCUGUGUUGUCAUUAAUCAUUGUGUCUUUUGUGUCGGCUGCUCGUAGAAGGCAAAGCCUCAGCUCGUAGAUUUGUCGUGUCCGGUAUGGAUGUGUUAAGGAUAAUAAUGUCGAUGUGUUGCAUCACGUAGAGACCCCGCAGCACGUUGAAUGGCUCGGGUCAUCCGCCCAAAUGUACUGAAUUGUAACAGCGGCGAUUUUCCUGGGACGAGAAGCUGCCAGGGAAUUCAUGGAUGUGCCAAUAAUAAGCACAUCUCCUUCAUGUUGGGUUUUAUUCUAGGUUAAUAUGUCAUGACACUACUGUAGGACCUCAGUUAAAUACAGUUUUAAAUGUUGGUAGGGAGAGAAGCGGUGUUUAGCAGUUUACUCGGUCUGUUCAACCAUCAGAUAAUUCACUGACUGAAGUUUUAAUUAUGGUUGUUUGUCGACCGACUGCAAUGAUACAGUGAACAUUUUAUGGCAUGAAUUUUGACUAAUAAGUGAAGCAGCACUGCCGUGCUAAAUCUGAAUUUCUCACACACACACACACACACACACACACACACACACAAUGCCAAAUAUUUUUUUUAUUUUGCCUGAUUUUAUUUGUGUUGUUUAAAAGUAGUACUUUUUUU